AGAUGAAAUAAUGACAUCAUCAUCAGAAGGAGAAAUUCUUCAAGUUGGACAGGUCAUCAGAGAACGAUGGAAAAUAAAAGCGAAAAUCGGUGGUGGUGGAUUUGGGGAAAUCUACGAAGCAACAGAUGUUCAAAAUCACCAUGAACGGGUAGCGAUCAAGGUCGAAUCAAGCAAAGCAACAAAGCAAGUGCUCAAAAUGGAGGUCGCAGUUCUUCGACGACUUCAAGGAAAAAAACACGCGUGUAAAUUCUACGGGUGCGGACGAAACGAUAAAUUCAAUUAUUUGGUAAUGAGUCUGCAAGGAAAAAAUCUGGCUGAUUUGAGAAGAGAAGCACCGAAACAGUGCUUUAAUUUGAGUACAGCAGUUCGUGUUGGAAUACAGAUUUUGAAUGGAAUUCGAGAAAUUCAUUCAAUUGGAUUCUUGCACAGAGAUGUGAAACCAUCCAACUUUGCAAUGGGACGCACAUCACAAACAAUGCGAAACGUGUAUAUGCUUGACUUCGGUCUCGCUCGUCAAUAUCUGAAUGCAAAAGGAGAAAUCAGAAGUCCUCGAAGUGCAGCUGGAUUCCGUGGAACAGUUCGAUAUGCAGCAGUAACUGCUCAUAAAAAUAAAGAAAUGGGAAGACAAGACGAUCUUUGGUCUCUUUUUUAUAUGCUCACUGAGUUCUUACAAGGACAAUUACCAUGGCGAAAGAUUAAGGACAAGGAUGAAGUGGGAAAAAUGAAGGAAGAAGCCGAUUUGGUUGUUCUUCUAGAUGAUUGCCCACAUGAAAUGCAUCUUUUUGUUGCACAUUUGAAAGUUUUAGGAUAUGCAGAUACGCCUGAUUAUGUAUACUUGGAAUCACUUCUUAAUAAGAUUGUCGCUGAAAAUGAGAUCAGUUGGGACGAACCGUACGACUGGGAAUUAGGAUACGACAACAUGGCGACACGGCAAAAACAACAGGCGAAUGGGAAUUUGUCUGCUAGGCUGAAAUCCCAUACGACUGCAGUCAUCAAAGAUCAACGAAACGAGAAUAGAGCUCUCGAUACUCAGGCUCCAAUCACAAUGGGUGAGGACGAAGACGAACAAACGAAUGGUCAAAUGGCUAAUCUUGGGGCGGGGUUCGAAAGUACACACGAAAAAGCGGCGGAGAAACCAAAAUACAAAAGACACGAAUUCCUAAAACCUAAAUACGGAACUGUCAAUUUGGAUGUUAUCGACGCAGUAAACGCCAGAUUUGCGGCAUGUGACGAUGAAAAAUAUCGAGGUGGAACAGCGGAUGUUGAAGCAAACUUCCAACUUCCAUCUUCAAUUCUGAAAGCACAACCACAAGUUGCUGAAUCAUCACUUUCUAUCAAAAGAGUUGCCGGUUUACCUGUGGAUAAAACCAGAAGCAAUAAAUCAAUAACACUGUCCAUAAACAAUCGAUAUAAAUCUGGUGCAAAAACCAACAAGAUCUCAUCGUUCGAUAACACAAAUGCUCAAAUGGAUGAAAACUCUGCAAAUAAUGUAAGGACACAACAGACGUUAAUGAGUAAAUGGCAAGGAUCAUUUGAUGCAAGUUGCGAAGAAAUGAUGGAUGGUGGAGAUGCAGAAGAUCGGGGACAUGGGAGGCUAAAUCCUGCAUUCCCUGUACCAAAAGCAUCUCUACUAUCAACUCCAAGAUCAAUGGAUUCAAAUACAUCACCUGGAGGAAAUUCACCAUCAUCUCCAAUGAACCCAAGAGCAUCUCCAAUUCAACAACGCCGGUUAUCAAGAUCUGAAAAAGAUAGAAGUGGAAUACACAGGACAGCAAGUUGUGGAGCACCUCAAUCAAAUAGUAUUAUUAGUCACUUUAAAGGAUUAAUAAAUUCAUUUAACAAUCUUGGAGUCGGUAGUCGAUUAUCAAGGACAACCUCGAUUGAUGAGACUGCGAAUCGACAAAAUACUGCCCCAGUACCUGCUCAUCAAUACCAAAUGAAUCAUCGAAAUGAGGAUAAUAGUUAUGGAAUGAGGCAUUCAACAUCAAUGGGAGUUCACAAUAAUAGUCAGAAUACUCAACGGAUUAGUGCAACUUUCAAUGCAUUUGAAUCACCUGAAGAACGAGAACGGAGACGAGAACGGAGGAUGAGAAGGAGAAGUGUUGAGAGCAAUGGAAGGGUUGAACUCGAGACUCCACCUCCAUCAGUUCGUUCUCCAGUUGUUGUCAAUAAGUCAUCUGUUGUACAUGCUCCUGCAAGUUCUCCUCCUGUCAAAAUUCGUGAUAACGGAAUUGAUGAAGAAUUCCGAAUUCCACUUGAAGAAAACAACAAACCACUUCUGUUUUAUAAACGAAAACGAUAUCAAUUUUUAAAUUUCCCAAGAACUUCAUCUAAAUCAUAGCCAUAACCAGGUCUCUUUUUCUUUCAAUUAUUUUUGUCCCUGUCCUCUCUUUCUCUCUUUCUUCUUGUCAACCAAAGCACUGUUAUGACAUUUUCUAGUCGAAACCUAUCUUGUCCAAAAGCCUUUUUUCUUUUUUGUCUCAUAAAUAUAAUUAACAAAAAAAACAUAAUUUGAAAUCUUUGGUAUAUGAACAAAACUUUCAUUCUCUCUUUCUGUGCCAUUCGGUUACGGUAAUUCGCAAUAAAAAUAUUGAUC